GGUGGAGUAGCGUAGAAGAAGAGAACCUGGCGUGACGGCUGUCCCCGUGUGUGCCUGUGUUGUGCCGUAUGAAUGAUUUGAUGUUAAAAAUGAUGUCAUUUCUUCCCAAACUCCUUCUGCUGGCGUUGUUGGCUUUCCCGGCGCACGUCGUUUUCAGGGGGCCGUUGGUGGGAGCCGAGAUUCGGCGAGAGGACGAUGACAUGGACGUGAUGGAGAUGGAGGAAGACAUCGUGGACGACGUCAUAGACGACGGGAUGGCCGACGACGGCGCGGUGGACGACGAGGACGACGAAGCGGAAGUAGAAGACGACGAGAACACGGAACUGAUCGAAGAAAAGGAGGAUGAUGAUGAUGAGGAGGAGGAAGAGGCGUUGGUCGGGGAGAUGAAGGCAUCGCCUUUUGCCGACACCACCAUCCUUUUUGUCAAAGGAGAAGACUUCCCGGCCAACGACAUCGUCAAGUUCCUGCUGGGCUUCACCAACAAAGGUUCCGAGAACUUCGUAGUGGACUCCCUAGACGCUUCGUUCCGAUACCCGCAGGACUACCAGUUCCACAUCCAGAACUUUACAGCGCUGCAGCUGGGGACGGCGGUGCCGCCCGGGCGCCAAGCCACCUUCGAGUAUUCCUUCAUCCCGGCGGAGCCCAUGGGGGGGCGCCCCUUCGGCCUCGUCAUCAACCUCAACUACAAGGACAGCAACGGGAACGUCUUUCAGGACGCUGUCUUCAACCAGACGGUCACCAUCACUGAGAAGGAGGAUGGACUCGACGGAGAGACCGUCUUCAUGUACAUCUUCCUGUCCGGCCUCGGCCUGCUCGUCGUCGUCGGCCUUCACCAGCUGCUCGAGUCCCGAAAGAGGAGGCGCCCGGCUCCGAAAGUGGAAAUGGGAACCUCGAGUCACAACAACGUCGACCUCAGCUGGAUCCCGCAAGAAACCCUCAACCAGAUCAUGCAGAGUCGCAGAGACAAAGCGUCGCCCCGACGGUCUCCUCGCAAACGUAACCACAAACGCUCGGGGGGGUCUGACGAGUAAAUGGGUCGCAAGCGACCCGGCGUGCCGCCACCACCGCGACGACAAGGGCGAGGACGGCAACGCCUCAACGUGGUCGCCGGCCGAGGACAGUAACCGCGAGUGCCAUCAUGUCGGGCUCCCCCCCUUCCCCCCAAAAAAAACUUUAACAUGCUGAACGCUCUUCCACACGACACAGAUUCAGCCGAAUGGUUGUGUUGACACUGAUGAUAAUCAAGAUGAUUUUUGGAAGACGCUUAACUGCUGACGUCGCUGUAGUGAAGAGCUGAGAUGAGGAUUGUCCACUUGGAAAUUUUUCCAUGCGAAUUGAUUGGAAUAAGAAUGUGCAUAAUUCACAGUUGGCUCUUAAUAGAUUUUUUUUUUUUUUUUUUUGGGAGACCUACGGGAAAUCUGCGUAGGUCUCAUGAUUAACGUACAAUUUGGCACUUUUUCAAAAUUGCCCCGGUUUCAAUUCGUCAUGGAAAUUUCAAUGUUUGCAGCUCUCCACUAGAGUGUCAUGAAAAAAAUUUAAAAAACACUCUUUUGUUUUCUUAAGUGUUUAUGUGAUGCACUGAUGACUCAAGACAAGUUGAACAGGAUGAUGAUGAUGAUAUUUGUUGACUGGCAUGCACAGGAGCAAAAAUGUCAGCUAAUUUAUUGGAAAGACAUUUCUGGUGUGGGUAGGGUGUAAUGUUUGUUUUACCACUAGAGGCGACACUGCUGACUUGCCUUUUUUGGGUUUUUUUUUGGUGUCAGAAGACAAGUACAGAAUUGAACUUUGUCCUUUAUGUCAAGGGCUAUGUUCAUUGAUUAUUUCUUUUCUAAUUUGCUUUUUAAUGUCCAGCAAAUAAAGGUUUAUUUGCA